CGACGAUCCAUUUGAUCAUCUCCUCGGCCUGACCCAACCCGUUUUCUAGUUCUGGCAUGAACAACAACCAGCCCUCCCUCUUGGCCAUAUCAUUCGCUGUCUCCUCCUCGCCGAUCACGCCUUCUAAUUUGAUCAGUGUACUGCGACUGAUGAGGUCCGGGCGCUCUGGAUAUACGGCGAAGCCUUGGGUAACUUUGCUGAAAGUCAAGAGCGCUUUUCGCCGUUCCUUAGGCUUCGGACCAGGGUACAUGGCGAUGGUAGCUUGAACUGGCAGAGGUGCGUCUGAAGAACCGUGGUCUUUUGAGGAGAAUAAGUUGGACAUGCGCUUCUUGGGACGGCCAGCACUUCCAGAAGCGUCCCGAACUGAAUCCGCAGCGGCGCUGACCGUCAUCCACACUUUCUUCCAAUCUGUUUGCCCUGCGAUACGGAUGCGUGCCCAGCCUUCCAUUCGACCAUGUUGUAAUGUAGUUGGAUAAUCCCGUCCGUUGAGGGUUAUUCGUAGCAGAUGAGCGGUAUAGAUCUCCUCGAGACGAGACUUCUCCCAUGAGCACAGGCGCAGCGCUGCAGCCCAUGAGAGCAAUGAAUCCGUGUUGGGACAGGAGAAGAGCAGUAGAUUUGAGCCGGCCGUAUUGAGUGUGAGCACAUCGGGGUAUCGCUUGGCUGGUGAGGCCGCCGUCUCCGGCACAGUCACGGACCCGAGGACGUGAACGAAUGCGUCCGUUGUAUUGACGUACGUCGGGGGAACCUCUCGGCCUUGAGCACUCGCCUCUUGAAUCUCUUUCAUAUCCCAUAUGCUAAGCGUCGUCCCACCCAGUUGCGCCCAGACUUCGGUCCAUCCGUCAUCUUUUGAGGGUUUCUGCCCAUCCGGUUGGCGCUCGACGUGUCGAACCAGUGGCCCUGAGAAGUAUAUUUUCUUGGCAUGCGCGUUUGUGAGCUGGACGACGGAUCGAAUUUCUGGGUGGAGCGGGGGUGGUGGACCGGGAUUCCCAGAAUGAUCCAACGACGAACGCGUGGAUUGCGCGGGUUGUUGGUGCGACAUCCUCGAGUCGCUGCGGGGCUUCAAUAGAUACGACUGGCUUCGUUGAGGAGCAGGAGGAUCCUGGGGACCUUUACGAUUGAAAGAAAAGAAGGACGAGGAUCGGGUAUGUCCGCUUGUUACUGGAGCACUGUUGAGUGGAGGGCGUCGUUGUGACUGAUUGUCCAUCACCGAAUUGAAUUCGGGUCGAGGCCGCGCGGUCUCCUUGAGCUUUCUGAGCCGAGCGGGAGAUACGUAUCCCUGGUUUCUGCUGUCCCACUGAGGGGAAGCGCUCAUGCAAUGGUGGUACUAUCGAGGUGUGUGAAGUAUCAACUGGAGGUGAUUCAAUCGGUGGGUCUGUUACGUAAUUCUAUUGUUAGCCGUACCGUCACUUUAUCGUGACAGUUCGCGCUCCGUGGAUACAACCUCACCCUGUCUGCUCAGGCAGUUCACGGCUGUCCGUCGCUGAUAAAUCGAGCCCACUACGUAAAUAUUCUCACCCUCCUUCGCCCCAUAGCGUGAAGGCUAGUCUCCCCUCAUGCAUGCGUUAUAUCAAGAAAUUUUGCCUGCAAGCGGCGUGCAGUUCGUGACUGCUCUGAAGUUGACUCCCUCAACGCAGUCAGACUCGAGAACGGGCAUUUCGGCCUCCUCCUCCCGGCGCACGCUGUGCAACUUGGUUGUCGCGCGCUGUAAUGUUCUCCGCAUCUUUGAGGUGUGCGAAGAAAUGGUGCCAGCAGAAAAUUUGGACAAAGGAGACGAGAUGGAUCAGGGUGUUGAAUCCAAGUCCAUAACCCGAAUAUAUUUUGUUCGCGAGCAUUCAUUGCAUGGAAUUGUGACCGGAAUUCAAGCCAUCCAAGUCCUUGCCUCACUUGAAGACCAUCUCGACCGCUUGAUCAUUUCGUUCAAAGACGCCAAGAUAGCACUCAUGGAGUGGUCGGAAGCUGUUCAUGAUCUUGUCACAGUUUCCAUACACACCUACGAACGAGCGCCUCAACUUAUGUCGCUCGACGCUUCAUACCAAUCGAUGCUGAGAGUCGACCCUGACUCGCGAUGCGCUGUCUUAUCGCUCCCAAAGGACGCCUUGGCAAUUCUUCCGUUCUAUCAAUCUCAAGUCGAUCUCGACAUGGAGCAAGACCAAGUCCAGGCAAGAGACAUCCCUUACUCACCCAGUUUUAUCUUGGAUCUCCCCGUCAGUGUGGAGGAAAGUGUCCAGCAUGUCAUCGACUUCGUGUUUCUUCCAGGAUACAAUCAUCCCACGAUGGCCGUGUUAUUCCAGACUCAACAGACAUGGACCGGCCGCCUGAAGGAGUACAAAGAUACCGUGAAGCUCGUCGUGUUCACGCUGGAUGUUGUCGGUCAGCAUUACCCUGUGAUAUCCUCCGUCUCUGGCCUUCCACACGACUGCUUCUCACUGGUUGCUUGCCCUACUGCAUUGGGUGGCGUUGUGAUCCUAGCGACCAACUCAAUCAUCUACGUCGAGCGAUCGUCUCGUCGGGUGGUGCUCCCACUGAAUGGCUGGGCUUCGCGUAUCAGCGAGAUGCCUCUCCCGUCGUUGCUCACCCAGGAAGAGCAGACACGUGAUAUGGCGCUUGAAGGCUCACGGGCACUCUUUGUCGAUGACAAAACGCUGUAUCUCUUCCUCAAGGACGGCAACUUGUAUCCGAUCGAGUUCCUUUCUGACGGAAAGCUGAUUUCCAAGCUGGCGAUCUCAGUGCCGUUAGCUCAGACGACUGUCCCCCAGAUCACUUGCAAGGUUGACAGUGAUCAUUUCUUUGUGGGUAGUCUGGUCGGGCCCUCGGUUUUAUUGAAUGUCUCGCGAGUGGAAGAGGAGCUUGAAGACGACAUCGAGAUGGGGGCACCCCAGAAGGAGGAAGCGGCCAUGGAGAUCUACGAAGACGACGAAGAUAUCUAUGGACCCUCCAGGACUGUUGAUCAUAUUGAGACCAAAGCGGUCAAGAAAACAAAAACCGUGACACGUCUGUCCCUUGUCGACACUAUCGAUGCCUAUGGCCCCAUAUCUGACAUGGCGUUCUCUGUGGCAUGGAACGGGGAUCGCCCUGUUCCAGAACUCGUUGCUGCAACUGGCAGCGGCACACUGGGUGGCUUCACUUUGUUCCAAGUGAGGAAAAAUCCUGCAAUGUGCAGAGAAGGAUACCUCUCAUCUGCACCUCAGCGCGACCUUCCUAUCCGGACCAAACGAAAGUUGCAUGCCCUGGGCGGAGCACGCGGAAUUUGGUCAUUACCCAUCCGUUCUAAAAGCAACGCUUCGAGCUCGGAGUACGACACUCUGGUGAUCAGCACCGACGCCAAUCCCUCGCCGGGCCUGUCACGUAUAUCUUAUCGUGCGGGGAUAAGUGACAUCAGCGUUUCCGCUCGCAUCUCCGGCAUCACCAUCGGCGCGGGUGCCUUCUUUGCCAGAACGGCUAUCCUGCAUGUCACAACCAAUUCCAUCAGAGUGCUUGAGCCAGAUGGCGCAGAGCGACAGAUCAUUAAGGACAUGGAUGCGAACAUGCCUCGUCCCAAAAUCCGAGCGUGCAGUAUUCUCGAUCCGUAUGCGAUCGUCAUCCGGGAGGAUGACUCGAUCGGAAUGUUCAUAGAAACAGACAAAGGGCGAAUUCGGAGAAAAGACAUGUCGUCCAUGGGCGACAAGAGCUCUCGUUAUCUGACGGCCAGUUUCUUCGCAGACACGACGGGUCUUUUCGACAAUUGCUUUGUGAACAAUGGGGAUAGCGCUGAGAAAGUUGACAAAACUGCCACGCCCAGUCGCUGGUUGAUUCUCGUCCGGCCGCAAGGAGUUGUCGAGAUCUGGACACUGCCCAAACUGACACUUGUAUUUUCUACUCCGCUGCUGGCCAAUCUUGAAAGCGUGCUCACCGAUACUCAUGUUGCGCCGACGGCAUCACCACCGCAGAAUCCCGCCCGCCAGCCAGAAGAGCUCGACAUUGAGCAGAUCAUGAUUGCACCUCUUGGAGAAGUGGCCCUCAAACCCCAUCUCUUUGUUUUCCUCCGUUCUGGGCAUCUUGCCGUGUAUGAGGUUGUCGAAGGGGCUGUCCCCGAAGAACGCCCAACAGUUCGGGCGCAGUCUCUCAACCUCAAGUUCGUCAAGGUUUCUGCUCGAGCCUUCGAGAUUCAACGGACAUCCGAGACUGGAAUAAUCGCCGAACAGAAGCGGAUUUUGCGUCAGUUCCUUCCUUUCACCACGCUACGCCCAUCCGGAGAGCCAAUCUCGGGUGUCUUCUUCACGGGUGACCGACCAAGCUGGAUUCUCGCGACGGAUAAAAGUGCCGUCAAGAUCAUUCCGUCUGGGCACUCUGUCGUACACGCCUUCUCCCCAACCUCACUGUGGGAUUCUCGCGGGGACUUUUUGUUGUACUCGGAAGAGGGCCCUUGUCUGGUGGAAUGGAUGGCGGACUACAGCUUUGAAUAUCAUCUUCCUUCACGGACUAUUCCUCGCGGGCGAUCCUACUCAAAUGUCGUCUUUGAUUCUUCAACUUAUCUGAUUGUCGCUGCCUCCUCUCUUUAUUCUGCAUUCACAUCCUUCGAUGAAGACAUGAAUCGUAUUUGGGAGCCUGAUGCUCCUAAUGUCUCCGAUCCUGUCUGCGAAACAUCGUGUCUGGAACUGAUCUCUCCUGAUUAUUGGAUUACCAUGGAUGGCUUCGAAUUCGCUACAAAUGAGUUCAUCACAGCACUGGAGUGCGUCACUCUUGAGACAUCGAGCACCGAGUCGGGCAAAAAAGACUUCAUUGCGGUGGGCACGACUAUCAAUCGGGGCGAGGAUCUCGCUGUCAAGGGAUGCACCUACAUAUUUGAGAUCGUCGAGGUCGUGGCGGACCCAGCUCUCGCUCCCAAGCGAUGGCACAAGCUGAGGCUUCGAUUUAAAGAUGACACCAAAGGCCCUGUCACUGCAUUGUGUGGCUUCAACGGGUAUCUCGUGUCUUCAAUGGGCCAAAAAAUAUUCGUUCGCGCUUUCGACGACGAUCGACUCGUGGGCGUCGCCUUCCUUGACGUCGGAGUCUACGUCACCUCUCUUCGAACGCUCAAAAACUUUCUGCUUAUCGGUGAUGCAGUCAAAAGCAUCACGUUUGUGGCCUUCCAGGAGGAUCCAUAUAAGCUCGUUAUCCUCGGCAAAGACCUCGCGCGAGUCUGCGUUACAACCGGAGACUUCUUCUUUGCCGAAUACGAGAUGUCUCUUCUCACCUCAGAUGAAGACGGUAUCAUCCGAAUAUAUGAAUACAGUCCCAAUGAUCCCGGCUCUCGUGAUGGGCGCUAUCUCCUUCUGAGGUCCGAAUUCCAUGGACAAUCGGAGUAUCGUACCUCGUCGCUUGUGGCGCACCGUGCCAAUGAGGAGGCCGACAUACCGCAGUCAAGAAUCAUUUACGGCUCCACCGACGGCUCUCUGCGUUCACUCACUCCCUCAGACGAGUCUUCUGCUAAACGAUUGCAGCUUCUGCAGGGCCAGCUUACCAGGAACAUACAGCAUGUCGCGGGUCUGAAUCCAAGGGCUUUCCGGAUCGUCCGCAACGAAUUUGUCUCGAAGCCCUUAUCCAAGGGUAUCUUGGACGGUAAUCUGCUAGUGCAUUACGAAAAUUUGCCCAUCUCCAGGCAGAACGAGAUGACGAGGCAGAUCGGGACUGAGCGGGGUCAGAUUUUGAGGGAUUGGACGACGUUGACAGGCCCAUGCUGGUAGUCAGUUGGAAUAGGUGUACAUACUAGUAGUAAUCGUCCGGGUCACUUUACAAGUUCAAAUUCUGUAACAAUUUUGAUGUAAGUUUGCGAAGGUUCGCAUCAUCAGCCACCGGUUAGCUCUUGUGCAGUUCCUCUUCAUCCACCACGGUCCUCACACCAGUAACACGAUCAACGAGCAUCGCUUUGUUCAGCCUGUCGCUUCUGUUUAGCGGGGCUCCGGUUACGCAAAAAUACUUACAACGGAUAAUGGCAAAUAUCCUGUGGUUCUCUGCCAUUGAUGGUUCAGAUUCAGAAAGUGUCCGCGGACUCGACUGGCACACUCACCUGCUUCCACCCACUAGAUAUUCCAAUCCAUCGUCUCCGGCUCGGAACGCGUGAGGUGUCUUUGAUCCUGCCGGGAACCCAACGAAAUCUCCCGCGCUGAGCUCAGUGUCUGUGCCUUCCGUCCCCUGGAGCAGGAGCCCACUUCCACUGAGGAUGUAACACCAUUCGUCGUCGCCUUCAUGCCAGUGCUC